GUGGAACAUUACACAAAAACCACGAGUUGUUCUGGAAGUUCAUACUUUACUCACAAACGCCUUUCACCUUAUCUUGUUCUUUGUCUAGUAGGGCUGUUAUGACGCCCCCUUGUGGUGGCGGAAGUCUCUAGCAGUUCAACUCGGAUCUAAAGUGUUUUAUUUUUGUCACUACCUAAUGGAUUUUAUUUAAAAUGUGGUUAGCAGAGAAACUGAGGAGGACAUAAAUAAAACUACCAAGCUGAAGCUAAAUGUACAGAUAUUUCUGUCCCAGUUAGACACUGAUGCAAAGCUAGCUAGCACGUUAUAAAAAUAGCAGUUUAAAAGUCGCACAAACUUCAGGUGCUUCAAAAAUUAUGAGCAUGAUUUCUAUCGGGUUUUGAUGGGACAAAAAAACCUUGCACGCUAUUUAUUUGUUAGUUUAUUUCCUUAAAUUUUUGACGUUAAACACAUAGCUGCAACAAAAUUAGUUUAUGUUGUACAUGCAGACGUUAGCGCUCCAGGACAGUACAGCUAGCUGCUGCGCACAGAGUCACAUUUUUAAACUCUCUUUACUAAUAGCAUGUAUGCACAAGUAGUGAUGACUUAUUUUCGUUUAACUUUUCGCCACAUACAUUGUUUCCAGUACCGCUUGCUCCUACUGUUUUUAGCCAUAUAUGCAAGAGCUGGACCACGAACUUCGAGCUACUGGUGUAAGACUUUCUGGACCACAGGUGAGGAGCUGAAGACAUGUCUGCCGACGUUCAGGCGACCCAACCCCGGGCGUUCACCAUGACCUCUGCGUCCAAACAGUGGUCCUCUGGCAUCUGUGACUGCUGCCAGGACAGCGCUCUCUGUUGCUACACCUGCUGGUGCUUUCCCUGCUUCGCCUGCCAGACAGCGAAGGAGGCUGGAGAGUGUCUCUGUCUCCCCCUGCUGGACGCUUUCGGACUCAUCCCGCCCAUGGCCACGUCACUCCGGAAGCGUUUGCAGCGACUGCGUGUAUGCGAGCUUCUGCGGGCCCUGCACCUGGUGUCAGAUAUCCAGAGAGAUCAAGACGAGACAAAACCCGGUGGUGUUUGUCAGCGCGGCUGCCUGAUCAGAACUAAUGGUCCGCUCCCUCAUCAACAACCCGAGAAGCUGACGUCACGGCCGUCAUCAGAGAGAGAUGGCGGCCAAGGAGUUGCCACGCUUGAUUGGAUUAAGAGAGACUUUCACGUUUCCAGGAACAUCUGAUUGAACAUUGAGUGAAAAGGAACAAAGGUUGGAAAAUAGGGAAAUAUUUAACAUUCAGCCAUGCACCACAUCUGUUUCUCUUUAUUGUAGAAAAUACUGAUUUCUUCCACACAUUUACUUUUGUUUACCAUUUUUAUGUAAUGGUUGAACAAAUAUACAUGUAUAUCUGAAAAUAUAAGGCUUAUUCUUUGCCUUUUAAGUUAAAAAUAUUCAAUGUGCAAUCGCUUGAAACUGUGUAUAUUUCCCAAUAAAGACUAGAAAUAAA